AUGCGAGAAUCCGAACCUCGUGGACAAUUUCGAAUCCUAGGAGGUGAUUCGCUGUGUGUGCAAAGAGGAGGUUGUGAUUUCUGGGUUUGGUAUGAUGUGGAAAUGUGUGAAAGGUCUAAAGUUGUGAUUUUGGGAUUGCUAAAAUCACGAGAUAAGUUGGAAAUUUCACUAGCAAAGGCUAGAUGCAGAGAGAAGGUUUUUUGGGCAACGUUGGUGGUGUUGUGGAUGCUUAUUGCAAUGUUCUUCUUUGGAGGGAAUAAUGAAUCAUAUGGAUUGAAGCUGAAAACUUUGGAUUUGGCAUGA